GCCGUCGCAAAAUCUUACAAGGGAAACAGCUCGACCAGGCGAUUCUUCCAGAAAACCGGAGAAAGGCGAAGCCGAAGUGGGCACUGAGAAAAUCAGAGAGAAUUUUUGUGGAGGGAGAAGCAGAGAGAUCGAAAUGGCUUCUUUUCUGCAGUCGCUCAUUGACCCAAAGAAGAACUGGUUCGCUCGUCAACACAUGAAAGCGCUCACCCAGCGCCUCCGUAAUUAUGGACUUCGAUACGACGAUCUGUACGAUCCGUACUACGAUAUUGAUGUGAAGGAGGCUUUGAAUCGACUCCCUAGGGAGAUUGUGGAUGCGCGCAAUCAGCGUCUGAAGCGGGCCAUGGACCUUUCCAUGAAGCAUCAGUAUCUUCCUGAUAAUCUACAGGCCAUGCAAACACCAUUCAGGAGCUAUCUCCAGGAAAUUCUGGCACUUGUAAAGAAGGAGAGAGCAGAACGCGAGGCUUUGGGAGCAUUGCCUCUUUACCAGCGCACCAUUCCUUAAGUUUUUUUUUUGCUUUUAUUUUCUUUUUGGAUGGAGUAGAUGUCUUUUAUUUAAGACAGUUUCUUCCAUAAGUUGAUGGAUUGGAACAUACCUCCAUAAAUUGUUUGUUUCCAACUUUUUUAUUUCAUCACGAAAGUUUCAGUCUUCAUCUGUUCAGGUCAUUAUUGAUAUAUAAUAAGUGUGAAACUUGUUUUAUCAUCCCGAUUGGAAUU